AUGGUGCCCUUUGACGGAGUUUUACUAUUCAUAUCUAUCCUACCGGACCUGGCACACGGCGUUCUUCACAAACGACUCGAAGAGAACUACGACGAAACGAACGGAUCCUUAAAAAUCGACCACUUACUGCUACUCUUUGCUUUCUGCCAACAAACCUUUUUCACCUUCAAUGACAGAACAUACGAGCAGAUCAAAGGAACGCCUAUGGAUUCGCCAAUAUCCAGCCUGGUUGCAGAACUAGUCUUGCAGGAGCUGGAAAAAGUCACCUUCGACCACUAUGAACCCGCAUUUUGGCGCCGGUACGUGGACAACACGUUUGUUAUAAUUAAAAGGAGCAGACUGGCCGACCUUCAAGACCUGCUUAACGACAUCUUCCCGGACAUUCAGUUCACAAGGGAAGAAGAGCAUGCCGAACAGCUGCCUUUCCUUGACGUUCUCGUCACACGUACACCCAACGGCGAACUCAGCACCACGGUGUACAGAAAUGCGACUAACACGACUCCGAUUCUCAACUACCAUAGUAACCACCCAAUGUCGCAUAAACGCAGCUGUGUUAGGACACUCUUCCAAAGGGUAAAAACGCACUACAGUGAGCCAGAGGGAAGAGUACGAGAACUACGGCAUCUUCGGGACCAAUUGGCAAGGAAUGGACACCCGAACAGCUUCGUCAGCCGCUGCCUCCGCACGCACCCACGGCAAACAAACGGAGGAGAGUCGCCAACACUCUGGCACCAUCUAUCAUAUAUAAAGAACGCGUCGUAAGCGAUGGAACGUAUCGUUGGAGAGCUCGGCAUGGGUAUCGCCCACCGUCCGACGACAACUAUAAGCAAAAAAACCAUGCGGAUAAAGGACCGACUAAGGGUGGGAGAACAAUUGGGUGUCGUUUAUCAGAUCCCAUGUCGGGACUGCCCUCGCCACUACACAGGACAGAGUGGACGUCAACUUAGCUCACGAAUAACGAAGCAUAAAAGGACGGUCCGGAGAGGCGACCAGUUGUCUCAGGUCGCCACUCACACCCUGGAGGAAGGCCACGAAUUCGACUUCGCGAGCACGCGGAUAGUAGCGCGGGGCAGCAAUAAGACAGGUCGAGAAUUGUUGGAGGCCUGGGCGUCUGACGCCGACUCUAUCAACAGACAAGUUGACACACCUCCGCUGCUAUCACGCGCUCUGUUCCCGCGGCCAAGAGGUAGGACCCAAUUCCCGGCCAAGGGUGCACGCAGUCAUGCCGCCGUGAGACGGCGUGGACUCAGCCUUAUCGCAAACACCACCCCCUCCCGCUCCGCCAUUGUUUGA